UCGGAUCAUAAUAGAUUAUUGCUGGGAUGUUUACGAACCUUCCUAUUAAUUAAUGACAAAAUAGAUAAUUAUCGGACAUACAUUGAAUAUUAAAGUUGAAAGAAAAAAUAAAUAAAGUAAUCAAAAAAUAAAGAAUGAAAUAUUCAACGUCACCACCAGCAACUCCACGCUCGUUAUCACCAAAUCAAUUUUCCGGUGGAUUUUUUAAUUCAUCUCUUUCAACAUCAUCAUCAUCAUUGCCGAUUCCUAUAACUUAUCGUAAUCGAAAUUGUAUGGGUGGAGCAUCUAAAUGUUAUAAAUAUUUACGAAAAUUACUUAAAUUUGAGCAAAUGGAUUUUGAAUUUGCCAUUUGGCAAAUAAUAUAUUUACUUAUAUCACCUCAAAAAGUUUAUAGAAAUUUUCAAAAUCGCAAACAAACAAAAUUACAAUUUGCACGAGAUGAUCCAGCAUUUUUAGUUUUACUUGGCUGUUGGCUCCUAGUAUCAUCAAUAGCAUUUGCUCUUGUUUUAAGAUUGAGUUUUCUACAAUUUAUUAAAUUUUUAUUGUACUCAACGUUGGUUGAUUGUAUCGGAGUUGGAUUAUGUAUUGCUACAUUAUUUUGGUUGAUCAGCAAUCAUUAUUUUAGACGGGAUUCAACACAAGAUGUAGAAUGGGGAUACGCAUUUGACAUUCAUUUGAAUGCUUUUUUCCCACCAUUAAUUAUUCUUGAUAUUCUACAAAUUUUUCUAUAUCCUGCUUUUAUAAAUUAUGAUACGUUUUCUGCAAGAUUUCUUGGGAAUACUUUUUGGUUGGUAUCUAUAGGAUAUUAUAUUUAUAUAACGUUUUUAGGAUAUGCUAAUGUUGAAAUACUACAUCGUACUGCCGGUAUUCUUUGGGCAUUACCUAUAGCCCUAUUAAUUUAUGUUGUUUUUUUAUGUGCUGGUAUCAACAUAAGUAAAAUAGUUAUUAAUUUUUACCUUGAUCGCGUUAUUUCAUAAUUUAUAUUUUUUAAUAUAAUUGUAUUGUGUAUUUUUGUAUAAUAUAAUUAUUGUAAAUUAAUAUUUAUAUAAAUAAUUUAAUUGAA